AUGAGAAGCAGGGUUUAUCUUGCUGGGUCGGUUGGCUUGCUGCUCAUCUUGACUGCUGACGCUAGAGUUGGGAACUCCUCUGAGUCUAGCUUCUGUACCGAGACAAAGGAAUGUCUGCUCUGUGAUCUGGUUUGCAAGAAUGAUGAUUAUGAGGUGCGCCACUAUGACUCAGUGAAAUGGGUGUCGACAGACAAGGAAGCCCACCUCAUGGAUAAGGCCAUAGUCACCACAUUCAUAAGACUCUUCAAAUACAUCACCAGAUCCAACAAGGCUGGCAUCAACAUUGACAUGACAGUCCCAGUGAUUGUCGAGGAGACGAAGAGGAUUUCACGGUCAUUUGUCUACACCCUCAGCUUUGUCAUGCCAUCUGCCCAUCACAUGACUCCUCCCCAACCCACUGAUGACAAGGUGUACUUUACAGACAUGUCAGAUAUGAAAGUGUACGUGAGGAGCUACGGCGGAUGGAUGAUGUCCAUCUUGGGUGGCCCGUCAGUCUUGGAGGGCGAAAGUGGACAGAUGAGCGGCGCCAUGCGCUCGGUUCCGAAGGGCAUCUCGUGUCCGUUCCAGGACCAGAACUGCACGUGCAUCGUGGAGACUCUCUCCUCCUGGAACGACACGGGGGUCAAUGAGUACCGGAUGGUGGACCUGCCGUCUGUUACCACCUCUGUGAUGGAUGAGCGUCUCGCCUGUCGGAAUCGAUUCUCCCCCACUGAGCUGUAG